AUGGCCAUUCAGGAUCAAUUGAAAUGCUAUUUGGGCGGUAAUUGUGUGAUUGAUGUGGACAGCAGAACUAAUUGCAAGAAAUGUCGUUUAGAUAAGUGUUUAGCAGUCGAAGUGAUGAUCUUGAGAAUGGUUUUGGAUUUUAAUUUCGAUGGCAAUUAUUGGACUGUUAUUAGCAAUAAUAAAUCGUAUCUGGUCAAACUGGAUUUACUUAAAGACCCUCCAAUCAAUUCAGAUGACGAUGAUAGUCCAUAUAAAGUUUAUAGUGUCAUCAAAAUAUUUACAUUCAUUUACUUCAACGCUAUUUGCAAAUGAAAUGUCGAUCGGAAUUACUAUCGGAUGUCAAAUACAAACGACUUAUGGAUAAUUUAUUUUAUUUAAAUAUAUUAAACCAUA